AGAUGGCUCCUGACGAGUGCCAUUCCAAGAGGGCUCUUGACGACUAUCACUCCAUGAGGGCUCUUGACGAUUAUCACUCCAUGAGGGCUCUUGACGAUUAUCAUUCCAUGAGGGCUCUUGACGAUUAUCACUCCAUGAGGGCUCUUGACGAUUAUCACUCCAUGAGGGCUCUUGACGAUUAUCACUCCAUGAGGGCUCUUGACGAUUGUCUUUCCAUGAUGGCUCCUGGUAACUGUCAUUCCAUGCAGGCUGCUGUGGGUAAUAAGGCUGGUCUCCCACUUCAGCUGACUGCUUAUUGACCAUUGGUUCAGGAAAUUGUUGUGACACAGGAGGACCUGGCACAAAGAAAGGUUGCUGUGGAGGAGUAUUCACUGCAGAUGAAG